GACUUUCUCUUUCUUGCAUGUUUCCUCUGUUGCAAUGGCGACGAAGAAAAUCUCAGAAAUUCGCGUUGAAGAUCACUUUCAGACUCGAAAAUCUCCCAGUAGGAGAGGCUUUAGCGGAGGUUUGAACUCUAAAAUCUUUUCUUCUUCCAGGAUUUCUCAUGAAGAAGCUAAAGAUAUGAGAAGAGUGAAAAGAGUAAGAUUUACAGAUCCUGAUACUGUUUACCAACACAAUUGCAAACCAGAUGCUUCAUCAAUAGCUUCCAAAGGAACUCAGACUCAAAAAUUUGAUGAUCCAAAAACUUUGGAGUAUGCAUUUUAUAAAAGACUAAGGGAAGGUACCGAACUGAGUAAUCACUUGCAUAAUCAGGAUGGUCAAUUGAAGAAAGUUGAAGCAAGCAAUUGUUCAAGAGCAGUGGAUCACUUGGCCAAAUACAGAUGUGAAGAGGUCAGGCCGCUGUUGGCAGUUAGGGUUACACCCACAGAAUUAAGGUCAUCCCUUUGCUUAGGUGAAGCUUUAAAGAACCAAGUCAGAGUAACAAUCUCCUCAAAGCAUUUAGAGCCCCAUAACAGCCACGAGGAAGUCUUUUCUAAAAAGAGACGGAAAUUAUGUCAGUGGGUCGCAAAGGCAUCAUCUCUUGAUGUUGAUGAGAUCUCUUCAAAGGGGUAUGAUGUGGUAUCAGUGCUCCUUCAGCGGCUGGUCCCUCAGUGCAAUGCAAGCGAAAGACGCAUGCCUCCAAGUUCAAGGUAUGAGGUAUUGAGUACCAGAUCUCAGUUAAUUGCUUCUUCUGACUCAGAUAUGCACUUUGAGGAGCUUCGUUGGACCCCAACUCCAAGUAUGCACUUCACUGAACCUACAUUUGGGAAACCUUUGGAUGAUGAUACAUCAGAAUGUCGGUCUAACAAGUCCGGGGUGGUUACUAGCUCACAAUGGGAUACUCUGAACUCUAAGACUCUCUCAACUAGGAACUCUGAUAAAUUUGACUCACAAUGGGAUGUUCUGGACUCUGACUCUCUUUCAACUCGGAAUGCUGAUAUAGUUGAUCUCCAAUAUAGGAAUGUGCAACCUUAUCGUGCUUCUGAUGAAAAUGCCACAGUUUUGCACACUAAGAUGAAACCAUGCUGGUUUACUGAUAUGGAUAGAGAUUCACUCAAAAGAAAUGGAUCUCUUCCACAGGAUCAAGUGCCAUUACCAUCCAAACUGGAAUACUCUUCCAAAAACAGUUUUUCUUCUCUUUGGGACUCCCCAAACCAAUCAUUUGGCCCAAGUAACAACUUGAGUUUUCCCGUGCUAGAUGAAUUUCAUAAAAAAAAUGACUUUGCACUAGGAAUUGAUCACAUUACUCAAUUUCUAGAUCGAAAUGAUGGUGAUUUAUGCAAUUCAGUGGUAAAGGCGAGUCCCAUUAGGACAAUUGUAUUAAGAGACGAUCAUGAGCAGAGUCCGAGCAAGUAUGAUGCAAUUGGAUUGGACUCUUUACCUUUCCCGGCCAUCCAUCGUUCUGCAAGCAUGACUUCUUUAUUGGACUUCUGGUCAGAAAGAUAUCACUACCAGACUAUUGGAAGAUCCUUUGAAGAAAAUGAUUAUUCAGUUGCGGUGAAGCACCAUCUUCCAUUAACUUUCUCUUGUUAUCAGAGCUACCUCCCUCAAGGUUGCAGGUUGCUUGGAAAUUAUAGAGGCAAUGAUGUCUUCAAUUAUCUACAUACUCCCCGCAGCUUCACAAACCAAGUUUUUAGCGAGAAGCUUUGUUCAAAUGUUGGUACUCUUGUACUACCUUCUGGACUGGAUUCUGAUUUCAGAUGGAAAAACUUGUUAAUGAAUGAUUCCCUUGGAGAAUAUCGCUCAUCAAUCUGUCCUAAUUACAAAUUCAACGCAAAGCAGACUCAAGAUGUAUCUUUUCCCCUUCUUACUGAGGAACAAAGCAAGUGGAGCAUGGAUGACUCAAGUGAAAAUGAAAUGCAAAGUCAGCAAACUGAGGAAAUAUUUAUGAUUAAUCAUCCUUAAAUUUCAGGAUCUCUCUGAAAAAGGAGUGAGUUCUCCCACUCUUAUUUGAUAAAUCUAGCUUCAGAUGGAUGUAAUGUGGAAGUAUACUUUGAUUGUAAUACAUGUAAGUACAGCUUAUGCUUCC